UGUCAGAAAUGGACGGAGCUACAGAAAUCUUGUUAUAUGAGUUCAGAGACCGUACUACCCUGUUGCUGCGUCUGUGACGUCAACUACAGCGACGACCGAAUACCCAGGAGCCUCAAGUGUGGGCACUCCCUGUGCUCGCCCUGCGUGGAUGCCCUCAUCCCCAUCAGCAAGACCUGCCCAGAAUGCCGCACGAACUUCAGUGAGAGGAACUCCUCAGAGUUGCCCGUCAACCAUUCCGUUUUGAGACUAUCCCGCCUCCUCACCGGCCGGAUGGGCGAUGCCCAAGUAUUGCCCACACUGAAGUUCCCGCUGACUGUCCCGCUGGCGGUGCCCCAGCAGAACGAAGGAGAGUGCCCGAGGCACGGCUGCCCGCUGUUCUUCGUGUGCUUCAGCUGCGCUGUCCUGGUCUGUCGAGAGUGCCUGUCUGUCGACCACCCAGACCCGCCCACCGGUUGCUGCUUCCUGCUGGCCAUUGACGAAGCAGUCUGCAGGGUAAGAGAAAGCCACAAUGCCAUCUUGAAGAAGUACCUUCGAGUGGCUGUAGAGGUCAAGAGAGAGUUGGAAAUUGUCAAGCAGUUACUCGACCUCACACUCAAGUACUGCGAGACUACUUCGAGGGCCCUCCAGCCCAGCGGCGGAGAAAACUCGGAAAACCUACAGGAGUUUUCAGACCAAAGGGAGACCAUCUUGACCAGGCUUGCCAGGAUAACCGAACUCCUCAAGUCUCUCAGGGGCAUCAAGGAUACCAUAAGGAAAGCGCCGUCUCCCCAGGACGUCCUGAUGUUGAUGAAGGAGUCGGGUUUCCACCAGAAUGCCUUCGAGCUCUUCAUGGAAGAGGACAGACAGAGGAAAUGUCAGGACAUCACGAAGAUCAUAUCCUCUGUGAAGAAGGACUUGAAGAGACUGCUGACGAGUGAAAAAGCAGUUUAUGCCGUUGCAGAAGAGGGCGGCUUAUCCAGAUGGGCGCCACUCGCGCCCAGAAACGGGCGCAUUCAUCUGUAUUCUCUGAGAGACAGUUCACCUCCAGAUGACGGCGUCGAGAUACCGUACGACUUGAUGCGCGAGCUGUUGCCCAAGGCGUCCCCGUCGGUGUUCCUGAAGACGGAACUCGGAGGCAGCAAGACGAAAGGCUACGUCUACGUCCGAAUGUUCGGGGACACGCCCAGGAGCCGGCAGACGAUCCUUCUUUGCUCUGGGGAGAAAGGCCCCUCGUACAGAAACACCCGCUUCUACGGGAAGGUCACAGGCUACGCAGAUUCGGAAAUCCUGCAGGGCGGCGAUUACGAGAACGACGACGGCACCGGUGGACGUGGCGUCGUCGAGGGGAUCGUCUCCGGCGAUCCGUACCGACGCGACGUCGAGGCCGGGCUGUUCACGGGUUUCCCGGAGAGGGAGCCGUGGCGCCUGGGGGGAUUCGGGAUAUACCUCGACGGAGUUCGCGGGGUGAAGGACGCCUGCGCCCACGGCGUCGUCGAGGAAGGGUUAGACGUCGUGAAAAAAGCGGCGGACGUUCUGUCCUCCGCGAGGGACGUGACGGUUGUGGAUUGUGGGCUUGUUAUACCGUUGUAGUCUUGUAUAGAGCUUCGGUAGGUUCAGUCAGCAAAGCCUAAUUUAGUAUCAGGUAUCGAUGUUCCUUUUUUUCCGGGAGAGAUUUUAAAAGUUAGGCCUAGUCUUACACCUUCUUUUAUACUAUCAUCACCUAAAUACUAUAUAC